UAUGGGUACCCAAUGCAGUACCUACAUUAGUAUAAUUACUAAGAAUUUUCGAAGUACCCAUAUCGGGUACCUUGCUGAGGCUUUCUCAGUACAUGGGUACCUUGAACUCAGUACUUUCUCUAGGGUAUACUGUAUCACACAAUACACUGGGUUUUUAUAAGUGACACGCUAGGAAGGGAUUUUUACCAAGUAUACUGAUUUUCGUUGAGGAUCUGAUAGAAAAGGUCACUAUUUCUACUGUAUCUUGGUUAGACAGAGCUAAAUUUUUGGCUGAAAACCCCAGCUGCGAACUCGGUGCACGAUUUUUUUCAUGCAUAUCACCGGAAAAAAAUAAAGUUGGUUUUGAGUUGCUGAAAAGUGUUUUUUCGUGUUCAGCACACUCGACAACCCGAAAGAUUUUCUAUUUUUGGCGAGGGGUACUUUCAAAAGUUUACGAAAAAUUUUCAAACUAAUAUUACUUUCCCAUUGGAAUUUUUCUGCGCCAUUUUGUUUCAAAAUUUUUCCUAAGCUUUUGAAAGUACCCCUCGCUGAAAAUAGAAAAUCUUUCGGGUUGUCGAGUGUGGUGAACACGAAAAAACACUUUUCAGCAACUCAAAACCAACUUUAUUUUUUUGGUUUCGGUGAUACGUCUUUUUUGUAGUAGCGACCGGUUUUAGACUCACGGAACCCUUUAUCAUUUUUGUCCUAUUCUCAUCACAAUCUAGCGAAGUUUUUAUUUCAUCAAUUGAGGAAAGUAGCACGAAAAAAUCGUUUUUCCAACGUGUAUAUCCUUAAAUUACCCGUUUUCUAAAUUCGUUUGUCAGCUAUAGUGUUUUCAGCUCCAAAUGAUAACAAAAAGAACUAUAUCCAAAUUUUAAUAAAUCGAUCUGUUUUUUCUCUCUUUUUAACUGAUCGGUCCAUUUGAGAUUACGUCAAUCGAUUCUGACUAUGAUGCAUAAUCAUAAUUGCAACGGCGUUUAUCUGUGCUCGAUGUUCGAGACUACAAUCCCUACUCUCAAUCUUUAUUCUAGAGCACGCCAAACACAUAAAAUCUUAAUAAAUGUAUUGUUUGUGCCAUUGAAGUAAAAUGUCUGAAAAUGUUUUCUAUAUCUUACAGUAAAAAUUGUAUAUUUUGACCAAAUGGUUGCUACAGUUCUAGUAAGGUUUCAAAACUGAAAAUUACAUUGCACAUAUUUGACUCUCGUAAAGAUAUUGGAGUGAGAGCAACUAGGUUUCUUCCAUUUGUUAUGUUUUCUGUAUUUGACGAUUUAUGUUAUCAGUAUGUUCGUGUUUUCUCUGAUUUAACACGUCUUUUUCAUGUAUCUACUAGAAGUAAUUUGUUAUUAUUUCUUGUUAAAACGACGAUAAUGAUAAUUGGGUUUUUUUGUUUUAUUUCCUGACAUACAACAUUAUAGGCACUUCUACAUCCUGCUAUUAUUAGUAAUUUUAUUUCUGUAAUGUAAAACCGUUUUUCUCCAAUUUUUAUAGAUUAAAACACAACCAAUCUGCCGUUUUCUCUUGUUUUUUCUUCUCUUUAUGAUGAUGAUUAGACUUCUAGUUAGUUCGUUAAACAUAUAUCUAGUCUAGAUAGAUGAUACAUACUGCUUCAUCUAUUAUCAUCGUUUUCUAUCGGCAAUAAUUAGUUGGUGGUAGUCUAUAUAAGAAUAGAUAAAAAGUAAUGCCUCAUGAGACGAAAAGCACGUAAAUAAAAGAAAAAAGGAAAUUGGAAUUAACACAAUACAAUAUAAUAAUACUCUAUGAAAAAAAUGUUUUUAUUCAAUGAGGAUAUAGACAGUUAUAUUUUGAAUAAAGAAUUGGAAAAGUCAAGUAACAGAAAAUAUCGUCGACUAGAUCAAAAAGUGAGUACUUUUGAAAUAUUAAUUUAAAUUUGAUAUUUAUCAUGUAACAGAAUGAUAUCUCAAUACCUAAUUAUAGCUAAAAUAUAUCUUAUGAUUUAGUAUUCAUUUUUAUUUUCUUAUUGAUCCGACAAAUUGAAUAAUAACGCUGUUUCUGUUUUUUAUUUGCUAAAAAAUUCAUAUUACUAUUAUAGCUAAAUACUCCUCAAAUACUAGAUAAUGAUAUAUUUAUCUCCAGUCUAUGAAGCAUGGCUAUCCUAGUACAAAAUUAGUUAUCAGUUUCUCGAAAAAAACAAGUUUCAAUAAAUAGUACGUCGGGUCCGAUGAUACUUUUGGGUAGAUAAGUUGUUUCUGUUCACCAUAAUUAUCCUAAAUUUGCCAUUUUAAUAUGAUUCGAAUACAGGUCUACGCAGACAAAUUUUGCUAAUUUCACUAAUCUAAUUUAUAUAGGUUUUGAAUUUUUUUGGUUGUCGAAGUUCAAUUAAAAUUGAAAGAAGGAAAGUAGAACAGUUCAUUUCAGUAGCCCGAUGUCUUUCUUGCAUCUGACAUGACACUUACUAGUCAUUAACCACAACUUUAUCCAGACAGACUAUAGUCUGAUGUCGAGUUCUUUUUCGUUCAAUUGUCUCAGCUCCUCACAUACACUGACUGUCCGUCCACAUAAUGACUCAUUCAGGAAAGGCACGGAGACUAGAUGAUCUGAGGUACUACGACAUGAAAAACUUGUCGGUGGUUAUUAUGCGAGUUGACCGCACUGAAGUUCGAACAUAACACUUAUAAAGCACGAGUUGAACGAUAUAACCACGAAGCCACACUGGUUAUGAAAAAUUGAUAGCUGUACGUGUGUGUGGCUGCCUAACGCAAGGCUCUUCAGUUGGAAUAGUCAACAUAUCCUGUUUUUAAUUUCUCAAUUUUUAUCCUUUUUAAUUACUUUUAAAAAAAAAAAAAUUAAAUAAGAAAAAGAAAUCAAGCAAACUUUUUUUAAUACUUAUGAUUUAUUCUCAACAAAAGCUAUAUGAUCAAUAUGGUAAUGGAAAACGAGAGAUUAUUGUGUUGAUUGAAUCACUUGAAUAAAAUGUCAAAGAAUUUAAUUCUAUCGAUUAAGUGCCAUUCUGUAGUAAAUAUAAUUAAAAAAAAAUUUUCUUCUCUUUCUCCCUUCAUUCUCAAGUUUUGAUGAACGAGAUUCUAUGAAACAGAUGGAGAGCUAGAGAGAGAGAGAGAGACAGAGAAAGACUUACUCUUCAUUGUAAUAAUAGGCAUCCAUUGUAGAGAACUGCGAGAUAUCCCGAUCUCACGGGAUCGUAAUCGGGACAAUAAAAAAAAACAAAAAUUUACGGAAAACUGCAUUUAAAAGAAUCUUUUUUGUGUGGUCGAACCUCUUUCUGUCGAAAACUUAUGUUAUUUUUUGAAAAAUUUGUUAAAAUACUCCUCUAUACGUUGUCGUACGUGAGCAGAUAGAUAAAAGCAUACUAUACGUUCACUAUGGAUAUAGUCUAUUAAAAAACAAUUGACUUUUUUGUUGUUACAUUUAGAUAUAUAUAUAUAUAUAUAUAUAUAGGCACUUAUUUUAAUUAAACAUUGAGCAGAGAAAAGAACACACACACGCAUACAUUUGUAAUUUUACAAAUAACAUCCUCCGUUUUUCUUUCUUUUUUUAAUCAAAUUUAUUUUCUUCUCAACGAGAGAUUGAAAAAUUCAUCAUGAGAAGAAAGAAUAAAAAGAAGAGUUCGACAAUCACUCUCAGAUAUUAAAAGUAUUGAUGUACUAAAAAUUAAUAGAAAUUAAAACUACUUAAAGGUAAGUGAAAAAAGAUACAUGAAAAAAGCAGAGUAAAUAUAUGAUGAUAAUUAUUUGAUAUAGUUCACAGUACACUAUUCUAUAUAUUCGAGAAUUUUCUCAGAUCAUAACGUACUGACUUUCAAUUUUAGUCUUAAAAUAAAUAUUGUCAAAAGAUACUGAACUAUUGAUAAAAUUCGACUUUUGUUUAAAAAAAACAAAAACAAAACAAGAUUUUCGAAAUCAUUUUUAGUGAAUUGGAUGGAUACUAUUCGAUUUUAUACUCUUUGAACUGUUAGUUUGUUACACAAUUGUAUCUGAUGUAGUCCUGCAGUUAUAAUCCAUCGUUACUAUGCGCUACUAUUGUUUGCUCAAAUUUUGAUGGAAAUAGGCUCCGUUCAAAACUACAGAAUAUAUGGAUAGUUCUAUCUUUUAUCCUGCUGUGAGUACAAUGAUUAAUCGGACAAUAAAAAAACAAAAAACAGCAUGUAAACGAGGUCAUUAAACUAUUCUUUUAGACAUCUGCUUUUAUUUGUCAAACGAAAUUUUAAGGUUUUAUAUCGUCAUCAUAGGUUAAAAAUAGCACGAUAAUCAUUUUAAUAGGAAUGAGAUGAUGUAGAUUUUUGAUCAGAAGUAUACAAAGAAUAAUUGAAAACAGAAAAGAAAGAAGGUAUUAUUGUUUUAGACUUUUAUUUUUAUUUUAUUUAGAAGAAUAAAUGAAUUAAUGUCGUCGAUUGAAACUGUAACAACAACAUCUACAUCAUAUGGUGAUGGACGAAAAUAUUUUAUAUGUGCAGGAUGUAAUCAAAUAAUUAAUGAUCGUUAUAUGUUACAAGCAUUGGAGAAAAUGUGGCAUGAAGAUUGUUUAAAAUGCGCUUGCUGUGAUUGUCGUCUUGGUGAAGUUGGAUCAACAUUAUUUGUAAAAGCAAAUUUAAUAUUAUGUAAAAGAGAUUAUUUACGCCUAUUUGGAAUUCCUGGCUAUUGUGCUGAAUGUAAAAAAUUGAUACCAGCAUUCGAUAUGGUGCGAGUUAUGCGUGUUAAAGAUUUAGUAUAUCAUCUCAAUUGUUUUGCCUGUAAUGAAUGUCAUCAAAGAUUUUGUGUUGGUGAUCGAUUUUUUCUUAUUAAUAAUCAAAUAUUAUGUGAAAAUGAUCAUCAUGAACGUACACAACAAAAAUUGGCAACAACAACGUCAGUUACAACAACGAGUGAAUUUGAUCUUUUAGAUGAAAGAUGA